UGAUCUGCCUGCUGUUCGCGCUUCGGCGCUUGUGCUAGCACUGCUGGACGGAAGAGAAAGAGAGUGGAGAGAGAGGCCAGAGGUGGACGAAAGGAGAUGUGCUUUGAGAUUCGUUUUUCCAGGUGUUAUCAUCGCGAGAGGGUCUCACGACGCAGAACGUGCGACCUGGGUCGCAUAAGAUUUUUUUUUCUGGCGGGGCAUGGCAACGCACAAUCAAGCCCAUCACUCACUCCGCACCGCAGCUCCAACUGACCAUUCACGGAUUGGAGUAGCAGCGACGGUCCGACGUGGUUAGCGCAAAGCGGGGCAUGGCCGCAUGGAUGGGUCAGCUGCUUUGCGGCCAUUGCUAUGCUGGCACGACCUCCUCGGGUGGAACGUGCGCCGCGCGCGCGAGCAGAGCGCGCACGCACGCACGCCACCGUCUGGCGACGAUGGGCGCACGCGGCCGCGGCACAUAGGUUCGCGCGCGCUGUGGACAACCGGGCUUCACUUCCCCGCAGUCUCCUCCAUGUCCAUGCCCGAGCACGAGCACGGUUACUCCCCCGCAGUCUCCUCCCCGUCCUCCGCCUCGGCGCCCUCAUCCUCGUCCCUCCUCCCGGACUUCCCCGGCGGUGGCAGCUGGUUCGCGUCCACGGCCUCCCCGCCGACGGGAUCGCUCGCCUGCGACUCCGUCGCGCCGUCCACACCCGUGGGCGCCGCGACGAACAAGAGGCGGGUGGGCCUGGGGCCCAACGCAGCGGUCGCCGGGCGGGUCGGGAAGCGUCGGGCGAGGCCGUCGAAGCGCGCGCCGACCACGUACAUCAGCACCGACGCCGUCAACUUCCGACUCAUGGUGCAGCACGUCACGGGCGCCCAGGCCGAGCCCACGGCAGACGGCGCACUCCUGCCCGCGUCGUUCGACGCGUCCUCCGCCUCGGCGCUGCUGGGCGGCCUCCCUUUCGACGGCGCGUUCGGGGACGCGCUGCGGCUGCCGUCGGACGUCGACGCGGAGGCGCUCCAUCGCCACCACCACCAGCAGCAGCACGCGUGCUACCCGACGCUGGACUCGUGGAGCGUCAUGUGCGAGAGCAGUCAGCUAUAACUUCGCCUAGACGACAGAAGAACACCAACACAAACUCAACAUCACACCAUUAUCUCAGACAAGACUAGCUAGGACUAAAGUAAGCAUUGCACGACGAAUCAGGGACUGUCUGGAUGGUUACCAAAGGUGCACCUUGCCAAUAUUUUGGUCAUGACUAAAACAUUGGCCUUUGUUUGGAUGAAGGGCUUCCUUACCAACUCUGGUAAUUUUUUCUAGUCAAAGUUGUCCAAUCCAUCGGCAAGCAAAACCUCAACCAAAAUUUGACAAUUGGGCAGUCCUAGGCACAAAACAAAGAGACCUUAGGGCACGGAUAAUGCCAAAAACAGAUCCAUGCACUCUCCAAACCUCUCUGGCAACAGGACAGAGGAAAAAGAACAAUGUUGUAGAGAUUCAAUUCGAUCACAAAAGGAGGAAGAGAGAUUUUCAAUUUUUCAUACCAUUUUUUUCUCUUCACGUCACCCCUCUAGUUAUGUCGAUGGGUGAUCUCGAUAUCAGUGAUCA